UCUAACUAAAAAUUCGAUAUUAUUAUUAUUCCAAGUAAUUGGUGUAAAUGGUUUUGACCAUGUCAGAAGGUUGAUGAUAACAUGCUGUCCAGGAUUUAGAAAAAUACAGCUGUGACUAUCAUCUUCAUAAUGCAAUAUUAUUGUUAGCAAUCUUCUUCUGUUGGAGUUGGUGGUCUGUCAGAUAAUGAUUCUUUGUCAUCCAUUAUCAUAUCAAGAAUUUUUAAAUUGAUCAAAGUUCUCAAUUCUUUGUUGGUAAACAUAAAACAGCUGUUCUAGUGUGCCCAUAUUUUCUUUUAGCCUUGACGAACAAUCAUUUUACUUUAAAUAAUAGAAAUGUGAUAUUGAUUACAGGCAUUGCUAACAGAGUUAAUUAUAUCGUAUGACAUGGCGAAAAUCUAAGCUACAUCAGAUAGACAAAGAGAAUUGUUAACUUGUUAUCAUGUUGUGAAACAAUUCUUCACAUAUGAGGUAUACCUAUCAAAUCUACAGAUGUUCAUAGAUGUAUGAACAAUACUGUCACCAACAUCCCAGUGUCUUUAUUAUUUGUUUUAUGAAUUGAUAAGUUUUACACAAAUCUUGCCACUAUUUACUUCUUCUUCUUAUGUUUAACCUUAAAAUUAACAGUUACAUUAGAAAAUAGAGAAUGGAUAUUGAAAAUAAAGCUAUUUUAACUAGAGGAUGGCGAAGAUUCACUUAUAUGGAACCUUCUAUUUUUUUAUUAUUCUUUAAUUAUGGAAUGACAGAAACGAUUUUUUCUGAUAUGAUAAUGUAUCGCACUUGCAAAACGUAUAUCUCAAAUAAAAACUCAUGUGAUCUUCUUCACACCAAUAGUAGCAGUCAAGAAGCUCUAGAUAUUGAUAAGAUUGUCCAACCACAUGCUAGUUAUAUUAUAUUAUGUGAUUCACUAUUAGAUGGCAUUAUUCCGGCUGCUUUAAUAUUAUUUCUUGGUCCUUGGAGUGAUAAAUUUGGUAGAAAACCAUUAUUAAUAGUUGGAUAUCUAGGACCUGCACUUCAUUAUUUUAUGGUAUCAAUAUUAAAUUUAUGGGAUGUAAAUCCAUGGUUAUUUCUUUUAACCACAAUACCUUCAUCUCUAUGUGGUGGUGGAGCAGGAGUAAUGUUAGCAUCUUUUUGUUUUAUCUCAGACAUUAUAAGCAGUGAUAAGCGAACUUGGCAUUUAGCUUGUUUAGAAGGUGCUAUUACUUCUGGACUAGUUAUUGGUACUUUUAUUGGUCCACUAAUAUUUAAACAAUUUGGAUAUUUAAUUUUAUAUGCUAUUAGUUUUAUUAUCGCAUGUAUUGCUUUUCUUUAUGUUACAUUUUAUGUACCUGAAACUAUUCAAAAUGAAACAAAUGAAAAAUGGGGGAAAUCCUUAGGUUUUUCAGAUGUUCAAAAUGCAUUAAUGGGAUGUUUAUCUGGAUUUAUAGCAGCGAUAAUAAAAGCUUUUACCACAAAACCUUGGCACUUGUACGUAGUAAGCAUAACAGGAUCACUUUCUGGUAUAAUUUCACCAACAGUUAGAUCAAUUUUGUCUACAUCUGCUCCUUCUGAAGAUAUCGGUAAAAUAUUCUCAAUAAUUACAUUCUUGGAGACAUUACUACCUCUAGGAGGUGUCACUUUGUACACUGUGAUAUAUUCAAAUUAUAUGCCACCAAUAUAUCCUUUACCAGCAUAUCUUUUAUCAGCUGGAUUGUUCUUCAUUAUGAUAUUAUUAGUAAUUCUCAUUGAUUGGAGAAUGAUUAAGUAUCCCUCUGCAUAUCAUCAACCAAUUCAAGAAGAUUAGUAGUUAGAUACAACACUCUAUAUUGAUAAUAUAGAAUUUUUUAUAUUAUUCACGAUCAAAUUUUUGAUAACAAUUUUGUAAAUUAUUUGAGUAUUUAAUGUUUUAUAUAUUAUAAUAUUUUACGAUUAAUAUCAUUG